AUGGACGUCACCUUCGACGACGGCCAGGACGGCCCUAUGGGCAACCAGCUCGACCUCGCCACGAACGACUCCCUCGAUCGCGGCCAGCUCCGCGUCCCUCUCGUCGCGCAUGUCGCCGGCACUCAGGACAGCAACCUCGACGACCUCCUCAUAUCGCAAGUCGACAGCUCCUUCGACGGUGCCCACGACGGCCUCCUCGUCUCGCAAUUCGACGGCGACCUGGACGGCCACCUCGACUCACAACUGGCCGGCGCCCACGACGACCUAUCCGUCUCGCAAGUCGACGACACCCACGAUGGCCUCCUCGUCUCGCUAGUCGACGGCGCCCGGGACGACCUCCUCGUCUCGCUAAUCGACGGCACCCACGACGGUGUACUCGUCUCCCAAGUCGACGGCUUCUUCGACGGUGUCCACGCCGGCGUAGUCGUCGCGCACCAGGACGACUCCCAUGAAGCCACCCACGAUUGGCUCAACGAGCUCGACGACGAGGAUUUCUCUGAGUGGCUGUCCGGCACGGGAGCUGGGUAA